AUGUCUAAUACUCAAAAAUCAGCUGCAACUACAAACAAAACUGGAAAAGCAAAAAAAAAGCGAGAAGAAGAAGCACGAAGACUGCGAGAAGAAGAGGAAGCUCGAGUUCGUGCUGAAAUUGCUGAAAAGGAACGUAUUGAAAAUGAAAAACGACUUGCUGAAGAACGAGCUAUCGUAGCGAAAGAAAUCAAUGAAUUAAGACGUCGAGAAUUAAGUGAAUUUUAUGAAUUUAUUCUUCCAAGGCAAGAUGAAGCGCAUGAUCUACGUGAAAAACAACGAGAAGAAUUUCAAUGGAAACGUGUUAUGCAAUGUGAUGGUACACCAGAUCCAUCAAGUUUACUUGAAAUUAAUACAUUUAUAUCUUUAUGGCGUGAUGAACAACAACGAAUUAAUGUUGAAUAUACUAUGAAACAAACAAAUCUUGUUUUAUCUCUUAUUAAAGAAUUAUAUCAUGUUAUUAAUUCGAUUUCAAACGAUUCACCGGAAAAUGAACGUAUUCCAAUUUAUAAAAACGUUUGUACUUAA